AUGGCCGAGGCCGUACCCAUCCCCAUUGUCCUCUGCGGCCGCAGAGUAGAGGUCGGCAAGGUCGUUUCUGAGCUCUUGCUCCCGGAAUAUGAGGUGAUCCAUUUCUGCGCAACCCCCGUGGCAGCAGAAUCUGAACUCCCGCUGCUCCUCUGGGGAAAGGAUCCCAGCCAUCGCCGCUCCCAACGAGAUAGGCACGCACAAUUACACCCAGCCACCACGUGGUGUGGUAUUUGGCCGUGGCUUCGGCCUAGAUUUCGUCAAGAAGCUCCAGUCCAUGUCCAUGUGCCGGCGCCUGCUGAACCUCCGCCGCCGGGAUAUGCGCAGGCUACAGAAGAUGUGGUCAAGCGGGUGCUGGCAAUUUGGAGAGAGGACGGCGGGGGAUGCUUUCCUGGCAUACUAGGCUUGAACCUCCGUGAUUGGACCAAGAGCGGGGCCACCAGUAUUCUUGCUGCCGUUCAGGGGCUGUUCUAG